AUGAAAAAGACGAAGAAAAAGUCAACAUGGAUUCAUUCGUUUUGUGCUUUACCCGAAAACGAAUUUUUGUGUGAAGUUGACAAAUCGUUCAUUGAAGAUGAUUUUAAUUUAUAUGGACUGAGCACCACAGUUAAUUACUUUUCCGAGUGUUUAAACACCAUUUUACAAAUACCUCAACAAACAAUUUAUCCGCUCGAAAUCCAAAACGAAAUUGGAGUGGAAACAAAGAAGUUAUAUGGUCUUGUCCAUGCCCGGUACAUAGUGACACCGGCCGGUCUUGAUAAAAUGAUUCAAAAAUACCAAAACACCGAUUUCGGGGUUUGUAUCUGUGUCAAGUGCAAUGAACACCCUCUGUUGCCUAUUGGACUCUUCGACGUCUUUGGGAAGUCAAAAGUGAAGUUCUAUUGUCCAUGUUGUAAUGAUACGUAUAACGUACCACGUGCGUUUCCUUCCUAUAUACUCGACGGCGCUUAUUUUGGGACGACCUUUGCGAAUUUGUUACUCAUGCAAAUAGACGAGCACCCCAAAAACGAGUUUAAUUAUGUGCCUCGAAUCUUUGGGUUUCAAGUGGCCCCGGCACACUAUGUUAGACCGACGGAAUACAAAGACUUUUUCGGUCGUAAGUCGUUUUUUCAUUGUUAG